CUAAGACAUAAAAAUGAAACCAAGAGAUAAAGACGGUUCAAAUGAAAAUCUUAGAGUUGUCAUAAGGGUUAGACCCCCUAUGGCGAGAGAAAUCAAAGAUGGCAAAUUUAUAUCAACUGUAAGUAUAUUGUUACUUAAAUCAAAAGGUUUAAGCAGCCCCAGACCAUUAAUAAUUAUGUAUCUUUGAUUAUCAUGCUAUCGAAAUGGUUCCUGAUGAAGAUCUAGAAGCUUUUGUUUAAAAUCCAGCCAAUUAUACCAUCCAUUAAUUUACAUUUGAUUAUGUUUAUGAUCAAGAGAGCACUUAGGUUGAAGUCUAUGAGACCACUGCUGCCCUAUCUGUCGAUUCUACACUCUAAGUACUCUAUGGAAUACCUAUCCAAGGGAUAUAAUUCCACCAUUAUGGCUUAUGGUUAGACCGGAACUGGAAAAACUUACACAAUGCAUGGAUUUUCUUUUACUCCCAAUUCUGAUUAACUAGGAAUCAUUCCUCGAUCCCUCCAUAGUAUUUUUACCCACAUUUAAAUGAAAUCUAAUUCUAGUACUACAUUCAUGGUUAGAGCAUCAUAUUUAUAAAUUUAUAAUGAAUCUAUUAGCGACCUUCUUAGACCUGAUCAUUAAUAGUUAAAUAUAAGAGAAGAUAAAAAAAGAGGAGUCUUUGUUGAAAAUUUAUCAGAAUGGGCUGUUCGUUCUCCACCUGAAAUCUAUUAAUUAAUGCGAAGAGGUAAUGCUAAAAGAGUUACUGCAAGCACCAGAAUGAAUGAUACAUCAUCAAGAAGUCAUGCUGUUUUUAUAAUUACAGUUGAGUAAAUAGAAGAAACAAUUGAAGGUAAAAGAGCAAGAGUUGGAAAAUUAAAUUUAGUAGAUUUAGCUGGUAGUGAAAGAGUAAGAGUAACAGGAGCUACAGGCAUUCGUUUAGAAGAAUCAAAAAAAAUAAAUUAAUCUCUUUCUGCUUUAGGAAAUGUCAUUUCUGCAUUAACUGAAGCAAAAUAACCAAAAUCACAUAUUCCAUAUAGAGAUUCUAAAAUAACAAGAUUAUUAGAAGAUUCAUUAGGAGGAAACUGUAAAACUACAUUUAUGGCUAUGAUAUCUCCCGCUAUUGAUGCAUUCAAUGAAUCUUUAUCUACUUUAAAAUUUGCAAAUAGAGCUAAAAAUAUAAAAAAUACACCUAUGGUUAAUUAAGAUCAAGAUCAAGGAGCAUUACUUAGAAAAUAUUAAUUAGAAAUAUAAAAAUUAAAAUAAGAAUUAGAUGAAAGAACUAAACUACCUUUAGAUGGUAAUGUCUCAGAAUUAGAAAGAGAAAGGUAAAAAGCAUUAGAAGAUAAAUAAGAAGUCUAAAGUGCAUAUGAAUAAAGAAGCAAAGAUUUAGAUUAAGAGAGAUAAUUGAGAAAAUAAUUGGAAGAGAAGAUUUCAGCUUUGAAUUCUUAGAUGCUUGUUGGAGGAUAAAAAAUAGAAGAAACUCCAUAAUUUUAAAAUGCUUUAGAAAAAUAACAAAAAUUGAUUAGAGAAUAAUAUUAAGAGAAAUUGCAAGAAUUAGAAAAAGAGAGAUAAAAUAUUGAAGAAGAUAAAGCAUAGACAGAUAAAUAUAAAUAAUUAUUAUUAAAAUAAAGAGAUAUCAUGAUUGCUUUAACUAAUAGACUUAAUGAAAGAGAUGAAACAAUUUUAUAAUUACAGGAAGAAUUAGAUGCUUAUGAAAAAUUAUAAAAAGAAUUAGAAGAUAUAAUAUAAACUAAAUAAUCAAGAGUAGAAUAAUUAGAAGAUAUUAUUAAAUAAAAUAAUUUAGAAAUUCCAACUAAUUUUGUUAUAAAUUCAAAUUAAACAACAAUCAAUACAAAAUAGUAAUUGCUCUUGGCAGAAAUGCCAUCAUCUAAAAUGUUAUUAGUAGCUGAUCCUUCUUCAAACAGUUAUAUUUAAACAUUACCAUAAUAAUCAAUUAAUCAUCACCCAUCUGAAGCUGUGUCUCAAUAUGAAUUGAAAAAUUAAAUAGAAAUCAAUAAUAAAUUAUAAUUAGAUUUGAAAAUAAGUAGAAUGGAUCAAGAAAGAUAUAAAAAAGAAGUUACCUCUCUUUAAAAUCAGGUAUAAAAAUAUGAAAAUGAUAAUACCAUUGACUAAGCAAAAAGUAUAUAUUAUUUAAUUAUUAUAGAAUCUGUUGAUAUUAUUCUUGCCUAACUAACUAAGCCGGCUAAUGGAAAUUCUCUAUCUAUGGUAGCUUAAGAGUUAUAAAAACUAUAAAUUAUAUUAUCAGAAAAAGAGGGAUCUCCUAAAAAACAACUUUAAAAAAUUUAAUAUGAAUCCCCUAAUUAAAAAAAUUAAGAAAUUAUAAGCAAAUUGAUUUCCAAACCUUCCAAAUCUAGUAAUUAACUUAUUCCUUAAUAAAAGAGGGUUAAAUAAAAAUUAGAUGAUGAAUUAUGGAGCUGA